AUGGCCAAAGUUCCACAAGACUAUGUGAUUGCCACUGACUGGCUUAAGGCAGUCAAUCAAGAUAAGACCACCGCUCAGAGUGACCUAGGCUACAUGCACACUCAAUGCAAAGAAGCUUCUCAGGAUUAUUCCAUUGUCGUUGACUGGCAUCUCAAUACAGCAAAGCAAGGGCAUGACACCGCUCAGUAUUACCUAGGCUAUAUGUACGAACACAAUAAAGCAGUACCAAAAGACUAUUCGAUAGCUCUCGAGUGCUAUCAAAAGACAAGCUCCCAAGGAUACGUUGAUGCUCUGUAUCUCAGAAGUUUAAUGAAUCAAGCUCCUAAGGAUCACGUUAACCGAAGCAUUGAUGCCUAA